CCUGAAGGUCGGGGACCUGAUAGUGCUGAAGAGCAAUCAGCGGGUUCCUGCAGAUUGCAUCUUCCUCCACACAAGUUCGGAGUCGAAGCAAACCUACGUGCGAACGGACCAGCUGGACGGGGAAACGGACUGGAAACUGCGCAAGCCAGUCCAGCUUGUGCAGCGUUUGGUGGAUGAGCAUCUGGAGGGGAGAAGCAAUUUAGAUGCUGGGACGAUUCAUUCCUGCAGCAGGAGGCAGGAGCGAAUAUGGAACAAUUGUCCGAGGACAUCAACUACUAUUCCCGAGGAGGUGGAUGAAGUAGAGGACCUAGCGGAGCUUCUGUAUCGCCUGCGGGCGGUCCUCCGUGUCGAAAAUCCGCACAAAGACAUCUACAACUUUCAAGGACGAUUCAGCCUGGACUCUGCCACUAAAAAUCUAAAUCGAGGACAAGAAAGAAAUCGGGUCGACCACGGCGCAGCUGCCAGUGCCUCUGAUUAUGUGGCUGCUCAAAGCAGGACAAGGACCACUGCAGCGAGAGGUCCUGAAAUUACUACGUUUGGUGUCGUGGCGUCGAUCGAAGAUCUUCAGUCUUCUACCGCGGUGCAGCAGGAAGGGCUCAGUCUGGAGAACACGUUGUGGCGUGACACCGUUGUAACCGAGGGGGAUGUGAUUGCUUUUGUCAUUUACGUGGGUAGGGAAACCCGGGUUUCCCUCAACCUCACAAAGGGCAAGCACCGGACCGGGUACGUGGAUGACGUGGCCGACCAGUGGACCUUCUACUGCGGCGUGUUAAUGUGCCUGCUGGCUAUUGUCCUCGCCACACUGUCACUCCACCCAAACGCUUUACGCUCCUGGGCCUUCGAAACUGGAUCGCUGUUCGCUCCAUCUGGCGCGUCCUCCGGCGAACAAGUUCUGGUGCCCAGCACUGCGCAUGGCGAAGUGAGCAGCGCUAGUACAGUGACGGUGCAGCCUCAACGGAAUUUUUUCACAACACCUUCGGCCAGCAGUAGAGGCACUGGUAGUGCAGGGAAUGCGCCUACUACGACGUCUGCAGAUGUUGCUGGACAUCAUGGCCCCACGACUACAGGGGUCGGUGAUUAUAUCCCAGGAAGUAGAGCCACCACCUUCGCGGCAGCGCUGCACCUCGGGGAGGGCGGAUCGCCGAUCGAACAUGACCCAGCCCUGGGCGAACUCUGGGAUCGCUUGCGCAGAAAGAAGCAAGCGGCGAUCGACGCUGUUGCCAACUGGCCGCUGCAGCCACCGCCGGUGGGCGCUGCUUCGGCGGUACUACGCCCAGACCAAACAGAGACUGAUGAGAAUAAAGUUUUCCGUGGCGCAGCGGGGGAGACGACAACAGUUCCUUCUAC